AUGGCAACGAGAGCAUUGGCCCACACGCCAAUUAGGCCGUGGCAGGAGAUCAGAGACGCGAAAAAGGCCGAACAACUGGCUCGGAUUCCCCAGGAGUGGAGGCUGUCCGAGUUUCCCCCAGCUGGAACAGUCGAUGUACGCCCGGUAAUCAGUACAUGCGGUAUCUUGUCUGCGCGAGAGUUGAAGAUCACAGGGGAUUCGGAUGCCACAGCUUUGGCUGCUGCCAUUGCAGAGGGUGUCUACUCUGCAGAGGAGGUGGCUGUGGCUUACUGCAAACGUGCAGCACUGGGACAGCAGCUGUGUAACAAUCUUUCAGAGAUUAUGUUCAUGGAUGCCAUUGAAGAUGCUAAGAAGUUAGACGAGUACUUUAAGCAGAACGGGAGGACUGUAGGACCUCUACAUGGCCUGCCGAUGACUUUCAAGGAAUGCUUCCAUGUCAAAGGCUACGACUACUGUAACGGCUACAUAUCCAAGACCUUUAACCCCUCCACAUAUACCACAUACAUUAUCGAGCUGGUCAAGGCCGCUGGGGCCGUCAUAAUCUCCAAGACGAACGUUCCGCAAACGAUGCUAGUAGCAGAAACAGACAACAACGUCUUUGGCAGGGCGAAAAAUGCUGUUGUCAGCCAUUUGACUACUGGUGGAAGUAGUGGUGGAGAGGGCUCCGUUUUAGGGUGGCGAGGUUCUGCUAUUGGUGUUGGUACGGACGUCGGAGGAUCGAUCCGCAUACCUGCGGCGGCAAAUGGUGUCUACGCGUUCAAGCCUACCUGUGGACUGUUGCCCUUCAUCGGAUAUGCUGCAUCGGGCUACACAGGAGUCAAUACUGGAAUCGGCGCAACACUAGGACCCCUUGCGCAGUCGGUCCGCGAUUUGACUCUCUUCACCCGUGUCGUGCGAGAUGCAAAGCCCUGGCUCGUAGACCCGGCAGUCGUACCUAACGUUUUCGAGAAGGGCACGGUUGCGCGAAAGCCAGUAGUUGGUGUCAUUUAUCAGAGCGGACUGACUCCCCACCCACCAAUUCGUCGAGCUCUGCGUGAAGCCGUUGCAAAACUCAAAGUGGCCGGUUACGAAGUAAAGGAGUUUAUCCCGCCAGAUUUCUCUGCCAUGCGGGAGGUUACUCGACAGCUAUUCACUCUAGAUGCACUCUCGUAUCAAAAGGGAGAGAUGGCAAAAGCUGGCGAGCCUGCUGUUCAAUCAGUACACGACAUUGGACUCCUUUCAUUGCCUGUAAAAACCCAAGAACAGACUUGGGAGCUGAACACGAAGCGCCUUACGUUUUGUAAGCAGAUGCUGGACUGCUGGCAAGAAGCUCAGAUCGACGUGGUGCUCAGCCCUGUCGGCCCGCAUACUGCUGUCCUGCCUGGGCAAUGGGACCUUGACCCUUACACAGUUGCGUGGAAUGCUGUCGACUACCCCUCCGUCAUCAUCCCUUUUACGCAUGCCGAUCCGGCGCUUGAUCCCAAGGAUACCAAUUUUGUCCCAUUGAGUCCCAACGACGUGAUCAAUGAAGCAAAAUAUGACCCUAAACUGCUCGCUGGAGCUCCUUGCGCGAUCCAAAUCACCGCUGUGAAAUGGGGUGACGAGCAGUUAUUGCAGGAUGCCGAGACCAUCGACGCUGUCUUGAACGGUCCCGCUAGCCAAAGGCGUUGA